GCGUCUAUUGUGUGCGCGCCUCCACAGUCCCGUGGAGCUGUUGUUCCCAGCGAGCAGGAGGACAAUCGGAAGGACUGCUGGAUGAGAACGGCGGAGGACGGAGGAGAAAGUGCGCUCUUUUUCUACUCUCUCGUCUGCGUCUCUUGGACCGGCACCGCUCGCAGUUUGGAGUCCGGUGACGCGCAGGAGAAGAACGAUGGAUUUACCCCUGAAUAGGAGACUUUCCAAACUCACUCCUCCAGCAAAGUUUUGAUUGUCAUCGCAUGCGUUCCUGACCCCCUGAAGCAGACAGAGGACAGCCCCGACCACGGAAAACCCGGCGUGAACACAUGUGAGGACGUUUGGAGACAAAUAUUUGCCGGAGCGCCCUGUUCCACUGCUCUAACAAGCUGUUAUAUCUCUCAUGGGGUGAUCCGCAUACUGCUCCUGAACCGUGACUGUGGGACUGGCGGCCCCCCUUCCAGCUUUUUUCUGUCCUUUUCAUAAGGGCAGAAGUCAACAGCAUAGGCAUUCUGCAAAACUCGAAGAGUUAAAGAAAUCAGACUUGUCCCUAUGUUCUGCCACCCUGUCACCAUGAAGAGCAAGUAUCUCAACUACUACUACAACAAGACCGUGAUCAGAACCUACUAUGCCCAUGCCAAGAACAUGACUGACAAUGACAUUGAUAACCAAAUUAAGAAUAAAACACAUCUCACCACGCUGGAUAUUGUCUUAGUUGUCAUCUGCUCUUUCAUCAUCCUUGAAAACCUUCUGGUCCUGAUUGCGGUCUUCCGCAAUAAGAAGUUCCACUCUGCCAUGUUUUUCUUCAUCGGCAACCUGGCAUUUUCUGACCUGCUGGCCGGCUCGGCCUACAUAGCCAAUAUAUGUCUAUCCGGGUCGAGGACCUUUGACCUGGUUCCUGUGCAGUGGUUCAUCAGGGAAGGUACAGCCUUCAUCGCCCUAGCAGCUUCGGUCUUCAGUCUGCUGGCAAUAGCUAUAGAACGCUACAUAGCUAUCACGAAGGUCAAGGUGUACGGCUCCACCAAAACAUGCCGCAUGUUUCUCCUGAUAGGAGCUUGUUGGGUCACCUCCAUCCUGCUCGGAGGGCUUCCCAUCCUAGGCUGGAACUGUAUCACCAACCUCCCUGACUGCUCAGCCGUACUGCCUCUCUACUCUAAGAAAUACAUCCUCUUUGUUGUCACCAUUUUCACCCUCAUCCUGUUCUCUAUUGUCAUCCUGUAUGUGAGGAUUUAUUUGAUUGUACGGUCCAGUCAUCAGGAGGCAACCAACUCACAAGCAUACUCCCUUUUGAAAACAGUCACAAUAGUGCUGGGAGUCUUCAUCGUGUGCUGGCUGCCCACCUUUACCAUCCUACUCCUGGAUUCAUCCUGCAAUAUACAGCUUUGCACCAUCCUUGGACGUGCAAAACUCUUUUUUGGCUUUGCUACUUUGAACUCAGCACUUAACCCAGUGAUCUACACACUUCGCAGCAAGGACAUGAGGAAGGAGUUCCUGCGGGUUUUGUGCUGCUGGGGGGUGCUUCAAUGCGGACGGCCCCCUGAGCGCUGUCUGUUCCACCUGAAGAGCUCCAGCUCUAUGGAGCACUGCACAAACAAACACGAAUACCAGACCACACCCAUCAUGCAAGAUUGUACCACCUGUGUCUGAUAUGGUGGAGGGCUCCCAUGUAUGGCUGUGUGCAUAAGAGACCACGUGGACAGACUAUGAUGAGACAUACAAAUGUUAAAAGGAACAGGGAAGUGAAAUUUAUGUUGAAACUGGGACACAGUCUAUGAUGCAUAUGCUUGUCUUGCUACAAUCAAAAUUGUGUGACUUCAUAAUCAGGAUCACGUUUAUUCACCUGUGAAGUAUGUGACAACACAAGGCAGAGCCAAUUUAAUGGGUGAAAAAUGUAAAGAAAUGUGAAAAAAAGCUUUUUAAUGGGUACUUUUAUUAAUGAAUAUGGAACCAACCAUUUUCAUGUAUAUGGCUACCAUGUUUUAAUUUUUCUUUCUAAACAUGUACACCCCUAUCAAAUCCAAAAAUAGGACCAUAAGCAACAUAAUCUCUUGUUACAGUUAAUUGUUUGGGGCCUUUCAACAAAUAUGUCAAUGCAAAGCUUGCAAAGUUGCACUUUUUUCGAUCGGUAUGGAAAGGAUCCUGCCUAAUGUUUAACAACAUUACAUCCCAUCAGACCUAAAGAUUUAUCAGUCAUCUUUUAUAGAGCAGUGAUCAGCACCAAUGAGCACUCCAUCACACAAAAGCCAAGUCAUUAACAAAGCAGGCUAUAUAUUCCCUGUAUAAUCACUCCUAACUAAUUUGGUAAACUUCAGCAAACAUACGUAAUCUGCUUACAUUUAAUGCAUGAAUUCUAACACAUUUGUAA